AAGUAGUACUCUUUAUUGUAUCUCUAGUAUUGCAACAAAACAGUAAGUAUGUUGAAUAAAACACACGUAAAAAAUCUGAACAUUUGGACAGUUAUUCGUCUAUACCUCUAAAAUAACAGUUUUAAAGAAAGUGCUCGAAAUAGCUUUCAUGACGUAAUGUUUUGAUUGACGGUCGGUCGGUCGGUCGGUCGGGAAGGGAUUGCUGAGUGUUGCGCUGCUUUGACUAUACGCAUGAAUCAUGGUGUCUAUGAGGAAGGGGUGAGUAAAGUUUCUCAAGCUCACCACCCCUGGUUCGUUUCCUGUUUCACCCUUCACUCAAGUACUCUGCUGCCAUACACCAUCACUCUAUACUAAGCCAAGUGCACGCAGUAACACAUGUAUACAUUCACGCUACGUAGACAUAUCCACGCAGAGUUUCCGAUCAGGCGACGAAGCGACUAAUUUUUCAACUUUUCGCUUCGAUAAAUCGCGCGUAAAAAUGCGGCAAAGGGAGACCCUGAAUUCGAGAUUUUCAGUCGACGCGCAUCAGACGUGGUAUUUAAUUGUCUCGUGAGCAUCUUGGAGCCGUAUUUAUUUGGGAAAAGGGGAUUAAUUUCUAUUCUUGACAAGAAGAUGUCAGCCAUCAUGAGCCUGAAACGGAUUAAAUGGACUAAAUCAAAGAUUUUGUUUGGUCUUGUCGCCAUAAGUUUCAUUUCGUUAGCCGCGGUUAUAUUUAUGGUUGAUUUGACGUCCAACAUCAUAGUUCGCCCCGGACACGGAAAGAAAUCCGCAUUGUCACUCUUCACAGAUGGAAAUUAUUCUGGUUUAAGAGGGAAGCUUGGUCAAAUCUCAUCCUACCAGUCCAACUCAUCUAAUAUCAGGAAAGCGUCUCCAACGUUUACUUGCAGCCAACCACCAGUCAUCAGAAAUACCUCUGCGGCCCGACUGCGUACCGACGUUUCCUAUAUCACGUUGGACGAGUUGUGCUGGCAGACCUUCGGCGAUAACAUGUCAACCAUUGGACGGCUCUCUCGUCUCAGCAACAAGAUUCUGGAGGAGGUGAACAAGACGGCCAUCUUGGAGGAGAGGAACCAGACGGUGGAUGAGGUAUUCCAUGAGCUAGGCCUGAUGAUAGACGUGGAUGGGUACAUCUAUCUACCAGGAGGUCACUGGAAACCUAUGGGAUGCUCACCCAAAUGGAAGGUUGCGGUUGUGGUGCCAUUUCGAGAUCGAAUCGGCCAUCUUGCCAUCUUUCUUCGCCACAUGAUCCCACUCUUGAAGACCCAACAACUAGAAUUCUCCAUCUUCGUUGUCGAACAGAAUAAUAACAUGAGUUUCAACCGGGCGAUGCUACUCAACGUCGGUUUCCUCGAAGCCCUGAAGCUCACCCGAUACGACUGCUUCGUUUUCCACGACGUCGACCACUUAGCCCUCAACGUCAACAACUACUACGGUUGCGACUUCAUGCCACGACAUUUCAUAUCUGGCGACGACAUCUGGGGAUACACUAUUCUCUACCCGGAUCUUUUCGGUGGAGUCACCGGCCUGACGAAAUCACAGAUGCACAGUGUGAACGGCUUCUCCAACAUGUACUGGGGGUGGGGUGGUGAGGAUGAUGAUAUGUACAGGCGGAUACAACAGAAGGGAUACCCUCGAAGCAGACCUGUAGGAUCAUUUGGAUUCUACAACACCAUAAAUCACCACGGAGAAAAAAAGGUGAUGAACAAGCAACGGAUUUGUCUUCUCCAUUUUAGCAUGGAACGCAUGAAAUCAGAUGGCCUGAAGAGCAUAAACUACGAAGAACCAAACAUCGAUUUGACUCCUCUAUUCACCAAGAUUUCAGUCGAUAUCCACGAACUCCCCUGGAAAGACGAAUGGACCAAGUGCGCUGGACCCUUGAUGGAUGCCUUCCGAACCGAAGACGAUGAGCCGAUCGAUUCCGAAUCCGCGAGGGUUCCGCAUCCGCUUAAAGCUGCUGUGGCCCGGCGGAAACAGCCAUACCCGCACUCGCCCGUCGCUCAAGCUAAUAAGAUACAACCCAACGAACCCCUCGAUGAGAUGGAAAUUGAGAGAAGAGAAGCGGUGAUACGACGACGGCAGGAGAUCGAGAAGGAGCGAAAGGAGAACAAGAGAACUGGCACCGCUCCACAUUUAGAAAUGGAGGUGUUAUAGCAAGAAGAGUGCAUCUAUGAUGUGAUGACACUAAAGUACAAUGCAAACAUUGAUUGAGCUCAUUGAAAAGCGAAAACAGUGGGCGCCAUCUUGGUCCUUGUCAUUCAAAUCCUUCAUCUCGGAGAUGUAUUCAGUGGGUCGCCCGCAUCUCCGUAAAAUCGAACUUAUCGGAGCGAUUUGAGGUAUGCCUUAAUGAUCGUUGGUGUGAACGUAUUAAAGAAUAAAAAGAGGACGUAGAAAAGGAAAGAGGUGGAGGAGGAGGAGAAGGAAAGAAGAAUGAAAGAAGAAGGAAAA